GUCGAGAUUCUUUUUCCGGUUACCUCUUCUAUUGCAUCAGUUGCAGACUGGAGCUGCGCUGGUAUAAUGAAGCACUUCCAAUCCAUAGAAGUUAAAAAAAAGAUGGAGCAGAGGAAGAAUGAACAAUUUGUGCAGUUUAAAUCAAAGGGACAAGAUGCAUUCAAUAGAAAGGACUACCAUGACGGGAUCUAUUGGUACACUGAGGCCGAAUGUUUAGAACCCAUGGAUGCAAGAGUGAAGUCAAAUCGGAGCUUAUGUUGGGCUUGCUUGAAUGAAGGUUAUCGCGCUUUAGCUGAUGGACAGAAAAGCCUCUUGCUAGAUCCCAAAUGGCAGAAGGCCUACUAUAGGGAAGGUGUGGGGUGGAAGUUACUGAAGGAUUUUGAGAAGGCAGCUGAUUCAUUUUACAUUGGGUGGAGGUUAGACGUGGGAAACAAGGAGCUUCUGCAAGCUUACCAGGAAGCUAAGCAAAUGCAAAUUCAACAAGCUGCUGCUCGGGAGCCUUGCUUUGACAGUUGCUGCUGCUGUGCAAAUAGACAAAAUCUGUAGCUGGGUGAUGCUGAAGUUCCCUAGUGUAUUUAACUUCUAUAUUACAGACUGUAACGACAAUGAAGUUUGAUUCCCAACAGACCUUUGUUUGAAAAAAGAAGGCGUGUUUCCAAUUUUGAAUGUUUUGUUGUAUGCGUUACAAGUAAAUUAUCGCACCUACAGUCCAAUCUAAUUAAUUGGGAGAAAAUCGAUCUUUUAAAAACAAUGUUAACAUUGUUUAUAAAUUGAAUGUAUAAAAA